AUGAUGUUAAAACUAAUAUGUUUGUUCACUCUAAUUACAUCUGCUCGAAGCAGCGACGGUGAUCGCUCUCCUUUCUAUAAUAAAUGUGUAAAUAGUUGUAAAAAAUCCAAUUGUACUGCAGAAAGUGAAUUUAAGCCCCAUGUUGCCAAUAAGCUGGAUGUAUGGAGUAAAUUACUAUUGUGGAGCUGUGAAGAUGAUUGCCGUUACAACUGUAUGUGGAAAACAGUGCAAGGCUUUGAAGAAAGGGGUUUCAGUAUACCCAAAUUUCAUGGAAAGUGGCCCUUUACUAAACUAAUGGGUAUCCAGGAGCCAGCCUCUACAUUCGCUUCUAUUUUGAAUUUAGCUGUUCACGCCUAUAUGUACAAUGAGAUGAAACAACAUUUUAAUGAUAGAAGUAUUCCCGUUGUCUUCUGGAGGACAUUUGCCAUUGUUUGUAUGAAUGCGUGGCUUUGGUCAACAAUUUUUCACUCUAGAGAUAAUUAUUUUACGGAAUUUAUGGACUAUGCCUGUGCUUUGUCUAUGGUUACAAGCCUUUUUGUUGCUUCAGUCAUCAGAGUGUUCCACCAAAGAAGAAAAAUGUCAGCAUUAGUGCUACUAGCAACACUGGUAUACUACAUAGAGCAUGUUCGCUAUCUGUAUACAGGCAGAAUAGACUAUGACUACAAUAUGCAUGUUAAUAUUUUUUUUGGUGUCGCUGGUUCCAUAAUCUGGAUAUUAUGGGGAGUCGUGCAGUAUGUUUCUGGACAGCGGUACACGUGGCGUCUCUUGGCGUUUACAUUGGCAUCUGGGGCAGCUCUCUCUCUGGAACUCCUCGACUUCCCGCCAUAUUACGGUUGGGAUGCCCAUGCUUUAUGGCAUCUGACUACAGUGCCAUUACCGCUACUUUUUUAUCGGUUUGUAAUUGACGAUCUCAAUUACUUCAAGACUUCGUUGCCUAUAGAGAAAAGGAGUUUAAAAAUAACAUGA